GUGCAGUUCGAAAAGGAAGAACGUCCGAUUGAGUACCGCCCCGCCUGGCCCUUGUAUCAAGCAAGCUUCCUUAUUGCCCACGAGCGAACAUGUGGAUCUGCUGUUCUGCCAAAGGGGCCACUGUCGCUGCUCACGGAGUCUGCCGUGCUGCACGUGUUGAUCAUGUCCAUCGAUCUAGACAUAUGAACAAGGUCGCUAUACCGUCCGCGACCCAUCCAGCAGACGACGCUGUGCCGUGUCUGUCCAUUGUUCCGCGCCCUCGUGACCGAGCCACUGGCGGCUCCUCAGCGCUGCAGAUCACCACGUUAUCACCACGUUGUGAUCAAAGCCUGCCGCCACGGCCCUGCCAGUUUUCGACCAUACGGGGCGGCUGACGCCUUUGCCGGAACUUCAAACGGCCAUCAGCAUCCUGCAGACACUGGGCACAUUAAGCAUACAGACCUUCUGAAACCUUACCCGCCGCCCCCAGGCACGCUAUACAACUCUACACCACGGCCACUCGGUACUCGACGAAGUCUAUCUCUUGCUUGUGAACAUUGCCACUGCGUCCCGGACAGGGACGACUAAACCUCGUCAUGGACGGCCAUGGUCAUUACCCACCGCACAUGUACUACCCUCAUGGCUUCCCUCCGACACCCAACAUACCAGCGGAUGCAUAUCAACAGACGCCAAGACUCCACCAGGUGCAGAACAUGUCGAUGGAAAGCAUAGGCUCGUACUCCGAUUUCGAAGACGCUGGGAGAACGAUGCUUCCCCCACAGGCGCCUGCGCGGUCACGGCGGCGUCAGCCACAGGGAGCGGAGCAUGUCAAGCACAGGCGGACCAGGAGCGGGUGCUACACCUGCAGACAGCGGAGAGUGAAGGGUGUCGAAAGGGCAAGCGCGAAUGUACUUACCCGGGUGACGCAGUUAGCGCACCUUCCACCGCAAGGUCAAAAGGCAGCCGACGGAAAGGGUCCCCCAACGGCUCCAGCCCAUCAGGUAGCGAUUUCGACGGCGAUGAACACGAACCUCUGUCGGCCAUCCCAGAUGUGGACGAGGACGAUCUCAACCAUGACGACUCGUCGUCGGAGCGCAAACCGUCAGAUACACCCAGCACGCGACCGGAGCAGAACACAUCCCCAGCAGCAGACGCCAGCGUCCACGGCGCACGGCCGCACGCGCCCCGGACGUCUUCGCGACAGUCAAUCAGGAGCAGCAGCAUCUCGCAGAAUGCACGGUGGAAUGCGCUACCCAAGGAUGUGAAGUACUACCUUCAGUUCCACCAGCAACACAUGACGCACCACCACUAUGCUUUCAAAUACGACGGGGGAGACUUCCUGAAGACCACCUUCCUGGAGAUUGCUAUGAACGACGGAAGCGCAGCCCUGCUCUAUGCCAUCGUGGCAUUCGCAGCCUAUCACCACGCCGUUGCGCAAAACGACAGCGACAUUUCGGCGUUCCUGUCCUAUUACAACAAGUCCAUAGCGUUCCUGCAGCAAUCGCUCAAGAAGCAAAGGCACAGCAUUGCAACCUUGCUGACGAUCCUUCAGCUCGCGACGAUCGAGGAGUUCUUAGGAGACUGGGUCAACCUACUCGGUCACCAGAAGGCAGCUUAUCAGAUUCUCACCGAUCUCUUCACCCCUCAAACGAUCUUACAGGACGAGACACGACGCAAAAUCAUCACCUGGUAUAUUCGCUUCGACCUCUUCGCAGGGAUGCUCUCCGGUGGAGAGACCAUCCUCGACCGUCAAUGGUUCGCUGCUUCUGCAGACUUCUACAAACGACAGACGAGGGACAAACCGAAAGAUCUCGGCGCUCGAUUCGAAUCGUACUUUGCAACGACGCGGCUUCUGGCAACGGACGUGACGAUCCUUUUCGCUGGCAAGGCGAAGGGCACCAUAAGCGACGAAGCUUUUGUCGCAGGAAUUGAAACACUGUCCAAGGAGUUUGCAGAGUUUGGGCAUACAAUCGAGACCGCGUUCACCGAUCCUUCAUGUUUUGUCACUGCCUUCCCAGAAGCUCUGCCACCUGGGGAAGAAGAUCUUUUUGGCUUCCGAGAUCCACGGUUCCUAUACGCCGGAGAGCUGGCAACCAUGAACUUUGUUCUCAUAGACCACCUGGCCAUCGACCUCAUGUUGAAAUACCAGUUGGGCAUGGCCAUGGGACAAUCGCCCUCCCCUGAGCUGACACAGAUUGCGAUGAGGAAGUGCAAGUUGUUCGAUGCGAUUCAAUACAAUCAGGAGGGCGGACAAAACGCGAUCCUGGGGUGUCAAGCAAGCCUCGGUAUCAUGAGUCUCUUUCUGCCCAAGGACGAGCGACACACAAGAUGGUGUCAGAGAAAGUUUGCACGCAUUGAGCAGCUCGGAUACAUCUACCCUGAGACCUUUCGCAAACGUAUGAGCGACACAUGGUCCGAGGACGUGUCGCAUUGGUGGCUGCCCAACGACGAGGGGUAUCCAGCUACUAUCCGCACCAUUCGCGAAUUCGUCGAGUAUCGAGCGACACGGCCGACAGAUGCCUGGGCUACAGGGAUAAGCAAUAUGAGUGGUAUAUUUCGCACAAUGAAUCUGGACGAGCAUGGGUUUUCUGACGACCUUAAGAGCUUGGGAAAUGGUUCCGUAGACGGGAGUCUUAGCCCGGCCAUUCAAGAUCCGACAACAAGUCCUCCAUGACCAUGAAGAGCAUCCACCAACUUCACUUCCGCCAGCUGCAGAGGCUAGGUUCAAUUGUGAUACCAAAGCAGUGCUGUGCUCAAGAGCUGUCUCCGCUCUCUGCUGCAUGCGACGAGGACCCGCGGUGCCUGAUCGCGUGACCGGCUGCAUCGCUUCCUUUCAAGACAGAGACAGGACCUUGGAAUCCCCACCUGGACAGAGAGACAAGCACCGUCCAGUCAUCGAAGACGAUAAACACUCUGCAGCGCAUGAGACCUUAAACAUCUCGUACAUCUCGGGACUUGCCUUGCCCCCCGCUCGACCAUCUGCCACGGUCGCCAACAUGGCGGCACUGCUUGGCGAUGCGCGCAAUUGACGGCAUUGAUACUCCAUGCACUGUGGGGCCAAUGUGCUGCGCUAUCAAAUCACACGUCUGGAGGCCGAAUCCGAAUACAUGCUUGUCAGCUGGAUGCGCCGUUCUGCAAGUUCACCGCCUCGCCGUUGUGGCCAUACAAUAGAAUUGGAGGUUCGACCAUACGGAAAAACCGGUCAAAUACAUCCACUCGCGACGGACAGGGGCCAUGAGUUGUGGUGCAUCUCUCGUACAGCGGCCAGCGGGAGGCAAGCCGGUGUCAGCCCAGCAUGGGGGAAGAGCAGAAGGAAAGACAGUUCUUCUGCAGUCCUAUUAUUAACGAUAUGGCCUGCCCUUUGCCCAUGCCCGAGCAGCGCAUGAUGAGUAAGUGCCAAUUGCGCAGGAGCGAGGCCUGGGCCAUUGUGACCGGGUUGUUGGAGCUACGCACAACAAGCCUGUACCCAGACCUGCAGCCGUGAAGAUUUGAAAUAGAGGAAACCUCACAGACAAGCGCCACUCGCACUGGAGAUCCUGGCCUCGUGCGAGAGCAAAGGAUCUGGACCUCCGGCCUUGCAUAUCUUGUGCAGAAGCAACACCGGCAGAACAUCAGUCCGUUCGGUUCAGGACUCUCCUCUCUGCUGUGGAUACCUGUGCAAUGGACAUGUUCUGAGCACUCGGAACCAGAUGCAGCUUGCCGCUUCGUGGCGCUCUGUACGACAGUCAGCUGUUUCAGGAAUGACGCCAAUGACGCCCCUUUCCAGAACGGAAUGUCUCAACAUCCAGGACGUGAAAUCGUGAUGCAAUGUGUCCAUCGGACUUUGAGACAGUGCUUGAUACUGCCUUGCAGUGUCCUGCCUCGAGGCCUCACCUGGCUCCAACGACGAAUUGGUAUAUCUGCUGUCAUGCACAGAACCUCUGUCAGUCAUCUAUGGAGUCAUGUCGCUGCUGAUGCAUCUAAGCAUGGGAGGACGAACUCGCCGCAAACACUCCCGUAUGUUGGGAGACAGGAAAGCCGAUGAGAUUGUCCAAAAACGCGGUUCAAUCGAAAACCGACUCGAUCCAACAAGAAGUAAUCAUAGAGCCGCAAGGCAUCCUUUCGAAAUACCCCGUAGCUCGAUGUCACAAGUCAAAAAGCUGCUUCGCGGCCUGUAUACAUAUCACAAGAAUUUGUAAAUACAAAGCUACGCUAUUUGGAGAAGACGCCCAAUGGCAUCAGACAACGUGUCAAGCGCUUCAAGCUAGAGAAGAUAGCUGCAUAGAAACUACGGCUUUGGCCGAGCACGCCGACAUCCCUGCCGCUUUCACGUUG